AUAAAAUCAAACGAAUCAAACCAAAUCGUUUACGGAUAAACAAACGCGCGAUUUUGCGAUUCGAUUAGUUCAAAUUUCAAUAAGCUAAAAGGAACCGGGUUUUUUCCCCUACAGAAUAACCAUGGCUGAAGAGGAACAGAUGCCCAUCAUCCCGGUCAAGGAACCGCUCGAUCUGAUCCGGCUGAGCCUGGACGAGAAAAUCUACGUCAAGAUGCGCAACGAGCGAGAACUGCGCGGUCGGCUGCACGCCUUCGACCAGCAUCUGAACAUGGUGCUGGGCGACGCGGAGGAAACCGUAACGACGGUCGAGAUCGACGAGGAAACGUACGAGGAGGUGUACAAGACGUCGAAGCGAACCAUUCCGAUGCUGUUUGUGCGGGGAGACGGGGUCAUUCUGGUUUCGCCGCCGAUGCGGGUUGGAAGUUAGAGUGUGGUCAAUAAAAGAUGGUUUGAAUA